UUUCAUUGUGGCCCUGCAGAGCGAACGCCAUCAUCACACGCAGCGGCUACGGCGAGCAGCACGUCGACACCAGGGCCACCGCAGCAGCGCAGUCUUUAUUACUGUCAAAUAAUUUCAUUAUAACGGCAAUGGAAUAUAGUGCUGCGGAUUAUUAGACGCGUUUGAACUGGGCCUCAGUUUUGGCGGCACACAAAGCAAUGUGGAGGAAAUAAAAAUCCUGAUACGCUGAAAACCAGAGAUUAUAGAUAAUGGGCUGUGUGCAAUGCAAGGAUAAGGAAGCAACCAAACUCACAGACGACCGAGACACCAGCAUCUCCCAGGGAGCAGGUUACCGCUAUGGGGCUGACCCCACGCCGCAGCACUACCCCAGCUUCGGGGUCACCGCCAUCCCCAACUACAACAACUUCCACGCACCCGUCGGACAGGGGAUGAACGUCUUCGGAGGGGUCAGCACUUCCUCUCACACUGGAACCCUGAGGACCCGUGGUGGGACAGGAGUCACCCUCUUUGUAGCACUUUAUGACUAUGAGGCACGGACAGAAGACGACCUCAGCUUCAGGAAAGGAGAAAGGUUCCAGAUUAUCAACAGCACUGAAGGGGACUGGUGGGAUGCUCGCUCGCUCACCACCGGUGGCAGCGGCUACAUUCCCAGUAAUUACGUGGCUCCGGUGGACUCCAUCCAGGCUGAGGACUGGUACUUUGGUAAACUGGGCCGUAAGGAUGCAGAGAGGCAGCUGCUGUCCACUGGCAACCCUCGAGGAACCUAUCUCAUCCGGGAGAGUGAAACCACAAAGGGUGCCUUCUCCUUGUCCAUACGGGACUGGGACGAUGUGAAAGGUGAUCAUGUCAAGCAUUAUAAGAUCCGCAAGCUGGACAGUGGCGGCUACUACAUCACCACCAGGGCUCAGUUUGACACGCUGCAGCAGCUGGUACAGCACUACUCAGACCGAGCUGCCGGGCUCUGCUGUCGCUUGGUGGUUCCCUGCCACAAAGGGAUGCCCCGCCUCGCCGACCUCUCCGUCAAAACCAAAGAUGUAUGGGAGAUCCCGCGGGAGUCGCUGCAGCUCAUCAAGCGUCUUGGGAACGGGCAGUUUGGGGAGGUCUGGAUGGAGAGUGCGGAUGGUUUGUGCUUUAAUUUAACGGGCGUGUGUGUGAACUACAUCCCUGACACUGUGGGCUUGAGUCAUGAUGCCUGGGAGAUCAGCAGAGACGCACUUGAGUUGGAAGUUAAGCUGGGGACGGGAUGUUUUGCUGAUGUGUUUUACGGAACGUGGAAUGGCACCACUAAGGUGGCAGUGAAGACUCUGAAGCCUGGCACCAUGUCCCCUGAGUCCUUCCUGGAGGAGGCUCAGAUCAUGAAGAAACUCCGCCAUGACAAGCUGGUGCAGCUCUAUGCCGUGGUGUCUGAGGAGCCCAUUUACAUCGUCACAGAGUACAUGGGCAAAGGAAGCCUGCUGGACUUCUUGAAGGAUGGAGAAGGACGAGGGCUGAAGCUGCCUAACCUGGUGGACAUGGCAGCACAGGUGGCAGCAGGCAUGGCCUACAUCGAGAGGAUGAACUACAUCCACAGAGACCUCCGCUCCGCCAACAUCCUGGUGGGAGACAACCUGGUGUGCAAGAUCGCUGACUUCGGCCUGGCCAGGCUCAUCGAAGACAACGAAUACACUGCUCGGCAAGGUGCAAAGUUCCCCAUCAAGUGGACUGCCCCGGAGGCGGCGCUGUACGGGAAGUUCACCAUCAAGUCGGACGUGUGGUCGUUUGGCAUCUUGCUGACAGAGCUGGUCACCAAGGGUCGGGUGCCUUACCCAGGCAUGAACAACCGUGAGGUGCUGGAGCAGGUGGAGCGAGGCUACAGGAUGCCGUGCCCCCAGGACUGCCCCAUUUCACUGCACGAGCUGAUGCUGCAGUGCUGGAAGAAGGAUGCAGAGGAGCGGCCCACCUUCGAGUACCUGCAAGCCUUCUUGGAGGACUACUUCACAGCCACCGAGCCACAGUACCAGCCUGGGGACAACCUCUAAACCCCUCCCCCGCUCGGGGCUGGGGCGGGACGUUACAAAACUCUAGAGCCUUCCUAGCCAGGCCUUUAAUUUAGGGAUCUGUACAGCUUCCUCAGCUCAACCCGAGCAUUUCAGUUCCACCACCGACCCCUAAAACACAACCCUCAGUCUCUGACACGCCCCCUAGUGUCUGAACUCUGCAAAUGUGAUAAAUAGGGAAGUUGAGGAGGUGGGAUGGCGGACGGACGAAGUUAACUAGGGUUGUGAAAAUGCAACAAAAUACCUGUAUUCAAUGUAAAUAAGAAAGGCUUGUUUUAGUUUAUUUGUUUGUGUCCAUUUAAGAUUUUAUUUUCUCCUGCACAAAAUAAUAAUAAUGAUAAAAAUGAUAAAGGCAAAUGAAGUGAACCAUUUCAGAGGAGCACCUGAGCAGACACAGUCAUCUGUACAUGUAUUAUACUGUAGCUCCUGUAUUCUUUUCUACAGAUGAAAUUGGAAGCCUUGAUAUAUUUUUUUUGCAUUUUCCAUUACGUGUAAAAAAAUUCACCCCCAGAUUAUUGCUUUAUUCUUGACUUUUCAGUUAGUAGUAUUCCAGAGGCGUCCUCCGUCAGCAUUUUUUAUUUUCUUGCCACCCCCGAAGCUUCUUCAGAGCGCUAGUUCGUUUGCAAAUGAUGUAUGUCACAUUUUUGUAAAUUACAGCCGAGCGUGUAAGGAUUUUCAACAUAUCCCUCCUCGCUCAUAAUUUUCAGAAAAUUUGGGUUGAAAUACUUCUGUCUUCUUACUGCGAGUGUUGUUUUUGUUUAGCUGAAAGAAAGAAAGGUUGAGUUAAUUUAAGAAGAGAGUAUGUAUGUCUUAUUUGAGCUGUCAUUCCGAGGCCGUCCUCAUCAGCACGGUUGUUUUCGGGGGAGCCGGAGUGGACAGGGGCGUUUUCCUCAUCUCCUGCCCGUCCUCCACCUGAGCCUUCAGGGCGCCGACCUGCAGCUGAACCUGGACCACCUCACCUCCUGAGUUAUAUCUUCUUUAAUGUUUUACUGACAAGGCUAUAUUCUAUCAGUAUUUCAGUAUUUGGUUUUUACAGAGUAUGUUUUUGGUUUAACCCUUUUAAGUGAUCAUUUAAGAGUCAGUUGUUUGUUCAGGGGAGGUUUGAGGCCAAUUCAUGUUGCAAUUCAGAAUAGAAAUUGAAGAUUUUAUGGUUUGAAUUCAUAAAGUAAGCCGCUGAAUUGAAAGUGAAUUGUACCCGGCCCUGAUCUGGUCUUAAUGCAGAUAGUUUCAUGGCCAACAGGUAACCCUCAUUUUUCAGUCGCACAGCUAAAUGGUUUUAAGUGUCGCUAACUUCCCUCCUUUAUAUCUUUUCAUUUCCAUUUUUUAACAUAACCUGUUUUGUUAUUUCAGUGAUUUGGCGUUUGAACUUCAGAAAAGAACAAUAAACAUUUUACACUCUU